AUGACUGCGGUAUUAAGCCCCACUUAUAGCCCAAAGUUUCCUCUCUUCUCAUUCUAUCACGUCUCUUUCCUUUCUUUUCUCUCUUUCACACUCAUAAACGACAUAAACAUCACACACAAAUCAAGCUAUAGCAGCUUAUCAUUGUUGUUGUUGAGUUGGUUGCUGAAAGUUUUUAUAAUAUUUACAUGGACGGGAAGUGGAAACUUUCCAAGAAAGAUUGUUCGACUAGUCAUGCAUCCAGUUCUAAAUCUUCAUUUACAAGAAGUUUUUCAACAAAGAGCACUUCUACAAAGUCUCCACUCUUACAGAAGAGUUCUUCUACUAAGUGUCCUCUUCCCCGGAGUUCUUCAUACAAGGGUGGUUCUUCUAUUUCGCAGAAGUGCAGUAGCAUGGCCAAGGAACAAAAGGCAAGAUUUUACAUUAUGAGGCGCUGUGUUGCUAUGCUUGUUUGCUGGCACAAGCAUGGUGAUUCUUGAGAGACCCGCCUCCUUCUUUCUGCAAGAUGGAUCGAUCUUGGUGUUCUCUGAAACUACUCAAACAUUUUUACCUUUCCAUCUGAAGCUUUUUAUUUUCUAGAUUCAGAUGUAAUUACAACUGAGAAGUGCUUCCAACUUUUACACAAUGUAAGGAAGAUCAUAUUAUAAUCAAUAGAGAUUUCAUUCAAUCCAAAA